CACAGCUGAUCACAUGUAAACAGUGAAAUUUAUCGGCAGCUCGAGAGGAGAGCCAUGCCACCUGUCAGUGUCCAUCAGUGUCAGCUGUCAGUGCUGAACAGUGCCACAGUGCACAUCAAUGCCACAUAUCAGUGCCUACCAGUUCACAUCAAUGCCACAUAUCAGUGCCCACCUGACCUUCCUUUCAGAGUCACCCAUCAGUGCCACCUAUCAAUGCCAAUCAGUGCCACCUAUCAGUGCUGCCAAUCAGUGUCACCUAUCAGUGCCAGUCAG